ACUUUCUCAGUGUUUGCAUGAAUUCAGUGGAGCGCCGACUGCCUCGGUGCGCUGACGUCACCGGUGUGUUGAUUUGCUCACCCGAAAGAAGAAAGGAGUUAGUGCGUGUGUGAGAGCGGGUGCUGCGAACUGCGUUACUAUGCUGUAGCCCCAGUGCCCACAAAUACGGAGUCAAAACGUGCAACUUAGAUAGAGUUCAUCUUGUUUACAAAGGAAGCUGAAUAUACUGCUGAACGGGAAAGGCAAGCCUCAUGAGUUGGUCUUGUGGAUUGCAGCAACAUUAUGGAUUUAACUAAAAUUGGUAUGAUCCAGCUUCAGAACCCCAACCACCCGACGGCCCUUCUGCAGAAGGCCAACCAGAUGCGUCUGGCAGGGACCCUCUGCGAUGUGGUCAUCAUGGUAGACAGCCAGGAGUUCCACGCUCACCGAACCAUACUGGCCUGCACCAGCAAAAUGUUUGAAAUCCUCUUCCACCGUAGCAGCCAGCAUUACACCCUGGACUUUCUGUCGCCAAAGACCUUCCAGCAGAUUUUGGAGUAUGCUUACACUGCCAUGCUGCAAGCCAAGGUGGAGGACUUGGAUGACUUGUUGUAUGCAGCGGAAAUCCUAGAGAUUGAGUACCUAGAAGAGCAAUGCCUCAAGAUCUUGGAGACCAUCCAGUCAUCAGAUGAAAAUGACACAGAGGUCAACGCCAAUGAUGGAAACACGGAGGAUGAUGAAGAGCGCAAGGGCCGAAACGGAGGCAAGAACUCCAAGAAGCAUUCCAUGGAGACUCCCUUCCUGUCGGGUACCCAGCAAGCCCCUACCCUGGCUGGCGUGGUGGAUCAGAGUCCCUCUGUUUCCACCUCCUUCAGCCUCUCCACCCUAAGCCCUACCAAAGCCGCUGUGGACAGCCUCAUGAGCAUUGGCCAGUCCCUUCUUCAGCAGGGCUUUGGGGGGGAGCAACUAGGCCAUGGCAACUCCCACCACUUGAUGACCGAGAUCAAAACAGAGAUGAUGCAAGUUGACAUGGGUGGCAACAGCAACGAAAGCCCUCACAACAUGGAGUCCAGUGCCUCCAGCAAUGGAGAGAGAAGUGGGGAGGACAGGAACAGAGAUGGACCCGGAACACCUACCAGGAGCAGCGUGAUCACCAGUGCUCGCGAGCUGCAUUACAUCCGUGAUGAAGGCAUGGGUGACCCUCAGGCAGACAUCAGCCAGAUGGGGCUGGAAGCCAUGGCUGGGAUGACAGAAAAGCACCUGGCCUCGCUCUACUCCCUGCCCUCCAACCAUAAAACAGAUAGUGUGAUGUCCAUGCCAGUUUCCAUGGCCUCCUCUCUCCCAAUGUCUCCGGCCUUGGCCAUGUCCAUGGACUUUAGCGCCUAUGGGGGGCUCCUGCCACAAAGCUUCAUCCAGAGAGAAUUCUUCAGCAAGCUUGGGGAGCUGGCGGUGGGCAUGAAACCAGAUAGCAGGAACCAGCAUGAACGUUGCAACGUAUGCGGUGCAGAACUACCAGAUAACGAAGCUGUUGAACAGCACAGGAAGAUGCACAGUGGAAUGAAGACCUAUGGCUGUGAGGUGUGUGGGAAGCGCUUCCUGGACAGCCUCCGUCUACGGAUGCACUUGCUGUCUCACUCAGCUGGUGAGAAGGCCAUUGUGUGUGACCAGUGUGGCGCCCAGUUCCAGACAGAAGAAUCCCUGGAGGCUCACCGGCAGAUCCACACUGGUUCAGACAUGGCCAUCUUCUGCCUGCUGUGCGGGAAACGCUUCCAGAACCAGACAGCACUGCAGCAGCACAUGGAGGUCCACGCUGGCGUUCGCAGCUACAUCUGCAGCGAGUGUAACAGGACCUUCCCCAGCCACACUGCACUCAAGCGUCACCUACGUUCGCACACGGGUGACCACCCAUUCGAGUGCGAGUUCUGCGGGAGCUGUUUCCGCGAUGAGAGCACGCUGAAGGGUCACAAGCGCAUCCACACCGGUGAGAAGCCCUAUGAAUGUAACGGAUGUGGGAAGAAGUUCAGCCUCAAGCAUCAGCUGGAGACCCACUACCGUGUGCACACGGGUGAGAAGCCAUUUGAGUGCAAGCUGUGCCACCAGCGAUCCAGGGACUACUCGGCCAUGAUCAAGCACCUGCGCACCCACAAUGGCGCCUCGCCCUACCAAUGCACCAUCUGCCUAGAGUACUGCCCCAGCCUGUCAGCCAUGCAGAAGCACAUGAAAGGCCACAAGCCAGAAGACAUCCCGCCAGACUGGCGCAUAGAGAAGACGUACCUGUACCUCUGUUAUGUCUGAGGGAGGAGAGAGGGGUGGGUUGGAGGUGUUGGAGAGAGAAUUAACAGGAAGUGGGGGGUUGGGGGAGGAGAUAAGUGGGUUGGAGAAGUAGAAGUACUGAGGAAUGUCACAACAGAGACUUGAAAGCACCGACAGAAAGGGGGGGGGGGGUUCUUCUUCUUUUCAUGCAAAGACUGUAGCGACAGAUGGGGUAGAGGUUGGCGGCGGGACACAGAGCUGAGGUGAUAGUGCCAAGCAGAGGAAGACAUAGACAUGGAGAGAAUUUCUCCACCACUUUUCGGAUUCACCGGGUCAUUCAGUACAUCUGCAACUGUGUGGGUAUUGUUUCAGGUCAUGAUAGACACGUCGCUCUGCAAAUUGCGUGAGCUGGUGGAAGCGACUUCUUUUUUCCUCUCCUUUUCUUUUUUUCAUGUCACAGAUGCUUACGUCAUCACUGGUAAUGACAAGGGAUGAGAUUUUCAAGGGCUAUCUGAUCCUGCACAUCCUUGCCAUCGGGAAUCUCACCCUCCACUCCACUGUGUAUGGCCUCGGCAUCUCAAAUGGGAAAUGAAUGCCCCUCUGUGAAUGCUUUUGACCAGAAGGCCUGCUGACCUUCCAUUUGUUCACAGAAAUCCGUCAGAACGGCAUCCGCCGACAAGAGGACGCCCAAAUCUGUCAGAGCAUGGGAAGUGCCGCGCCAGUCAGAUAGCCCCCGAGAAUUCACAGCAAAGCAGACAUGACAUGGCUUAUGCAGUAAAUGAUACAGUUGAACUGGGCGGAUUGGGAGAGGGGGGAGGUCAAUAACAUACCACAAACCAGUUGUUAAUCUGGCUGCAAGGGUAGGGAGAGGAUGCUUGUGCUGCUUUGGUUGGAAAUCUUUUCCAUCUUCUCAGCUGUCUUCCUUGGUUCCGUGCCUCUGCCGACAGUUCUGCCCAGAGAAUUGAAGUCAGAUUUAUGCCACGUUUUCAUUUUUCAAGUCGUCAUCUUUUGGCUCUGCAUCUUAGUUUAUCAAGGCUUGAUUGCACAGGUAGAACAUUUUACGACAACAGCCUCUGUUUAAUGUUUCUGUCAGAUACAUAUUUUUCAAAGGGGCGGCUAGCUGGAAAAAAAAAGUGUUUUAAAAUGAACAUAUAGCCACUCUGUAAGCUUAUUAUGCCACAUAAACUCAAGCUUGUCCAUUGUCUCUCAGCAAUAGGACUGGACUGGGUAUCGUUAAUGUACAUGUAACCAGAUGACUAUCCGUCAUUUCACACUAAAGAUGAACUUCAGUGCACAAAGUGACUCGCAAAACACUUGUGUCACAAUAACUCAUGAUCUGUCCAUUUGCCGUCGUGAUUAAAGGAAAACAAACAGUGGCUACUUUGGGAGGAGAGAGAGUGCCGUUUCUUGGAAAACUAGCGGUGAAUGUUUCUGAGAUGUGCUUGUAUUGCCUUAGCUGUGAACCUUAACGCUUGUCAACGGUGGGUUUGGCGGGCGUUAAAGCAGGUCAUAGAUUUGUUGUAUGGCAUUAAAACGUGAAUGUGAAAUAUUGCAGAGCUGUGUUUUUGAUCCAGCUGUAUCGCAAAUGGGUGGUGUUGUAGGUGAAGACCUGUCAUGGCACGUAACUUAGCCACGGGUAUGAUAGUUUUCCAAAGGCAUUUUGAUUAUCCCUGCAAGUCGCAGCAUUAUUAAGGUAAUCCCAUGUCUGAUUGACCGGCGUAAGAGGGGAAAUGUACCCUACUUUAAGCAGAGAUGAACCAUCCAGCCGAGGGGAUGACGAGUGAGGUGACAGAAUAAAUCAACUCUCUAUAUAUGGUUUUCGUCCCUGUGCUUUGUCUCUCGUCUCCUAUUACUAUCUCGAGUUGGAUCUCAACACAUUGUACUUGAAUUACUGUGUUUUUGUGACCUCAUAUGCUUGUGUAUUUUAAUUUCCCCCUUUGUUUCAUUCGUGUACUUGUUUUGUGACCGAUUUUGUCAGAGAGAUGCAUUGCACAACAUGGUAAAGCAAUGUGUGUGCAGAAAAUUAAGUGCCACGGUGAAGAGAUUUUUUUUUUGUGUUUCGUUUUUUAUGUUAUAUAUAUUCUUUGUGCAUUAUUUGUUACCAAACUUGGUGUUUUUAACUCUGCUUGUUGAAGAGCCGGAGGGUUUGGUCAUUUGUUAUAAAAGCUACCUCUAAGUUGUUUUUCUUUUUUUCUUUUUCUUUUUUUUUUUUGCAAAAGCACAUUAUUAUUUUUGUUCGUUUGUUUGUUCGUUUCGCAUCAUUUCCUCAUUGCAACUUCAUCUCGUGCUUUCAAAUGUCAAAUUUUUAAAAUUGUGUUUUUAGGUGAACAUUUUAUAGAAAGGGUGAGCUAGAGAUUGGUAGGACGGAAGGAGUCGUUUGAAUGGAUGAUGUUUAUUCUUCUCUCUCCCCCGCUCCCCGACCAUAGAAGAGCAGACAAGCAAUUUCGAAGCCUUAAGUGUGGGUAAGAGGGAUGCGCGGACACGUGGAAGUACUUGUACUUUUGAGAAGGUUGGCAAAAAAAAGAAGAAAAAAAAGAAUUAAACUUGAAAAUAUGUGAAUAGAAUAGUAGUUUUGUAAUGUGAAAAAAAAGGAGAGGUUCGCCAACGGCUGAACCACCAAGAACAGGUCAUAUUUGCAGUGAUGCGGAGUGCGUUGGACAAUUGGAACUGCAAGUGGUAAUCAAUAGAAGAUUAAAAAAAAUAAACACACACACACACAAGGUUAAAAAUAGCAAAAUCUCUUGGUCAAUGACUUCUCUUGAAACAUGAGUGUAUUCCUGAACAAGAGCCACCAGAGGCAAUUUGAUAUAUAAAAAUUGUGAUAUUUUUGUAUUCAGUGUCGGUCCCUUUUCCAUUUGUCGAGGGUUUCAGCAGGGCACAAAUAUUUGUAUUUUUUUUUAAACCUUUUUUUUUCCUCUGCGAGUGUGAAUCGUUUUGCCUUGCUCCUCUUUGAUAUUGUCGGACAUAACACGUGCGUGAACAUAUUGUAUUAAGUGUUGCUUUCUGGAUGUCAAUUGCAUUGUAGGUGAAGGACUAAAUCUGCCACAAAUUUGUGAGUGUGUGUGUGUGUGUGUGUGUGUAUGUGGGAAAAAAUAUACUAAAAAAAAAAAAAAAACAACGGGAUGGCAGGGCGACUGCUAACCGACCAAUUAGUACUUGUCAUUCAUUUUUCCAGUCAAACUUGAUUGUCAACUUUUUUUUUGUACUUGAAAAAAAAAGAAGGGAUGGCAUGUCCCAUGGUGUCUUGCCAUUUUAUUCUCAAACACUGUGAGCUGAGGGGCUUCCCCCCACCCCCCUUAUAAAGUAUCCACCUAUUAUAAUAAUAAUAACUAGUCGUGGCUCAAAGUAGCCAUGGCAGUUCACAGUCUGAAACCACCAUAUCCCAAGAGCUGUUCAGUCACAAUAUUCCUAUCAUUGUUCUCUGAAUGUUUUCUACUUUUUUGUGGGGUUGCGCGCGUGUGUGUCUGUGUGUGUGUGCGCGCCUGUGUGGGUGUGCAUGCAUGUAAGUGUGUGUGUGUGUGUGCGCGCGCGCAAGUGAAAAAUGCACUAAUCAGAUCAGAUACAAAAUAAAACAAUGUUCUAUGCCACUUUUUUCUCUAUGUUGGAAAAAUAUAUAUAGAUAUAUACAUUGGCAUCGAUAUAGUUCUUCCCUCAGUGUUCCUCCGAUGUUUCUGUACUAUCUUUGUGCCUAAAAAUGGAAAUUGUUCAACGAAAAUGUCCAUCUAUAUUUGCCUAGUUUCUGUAUUUUCAGAAGAAAAUGAUUAAAAAAAAAAAAGAAGUGUCUCCAGCACCCAAGGGAUGUCAUGACGCUCUAAAAUGACCUGAAUUCGGAGUCUGGAUAGAGCGGGGCUUCUUUUCCUUAAGCAAUACCCCCUAAACACACCAUUCAGUUCUGUUUCUCCCCGCCUUCUCCACGAGCAGCAUCCAAGACCGUGUCAUGUCUUUACCGGCACAAAUCCAAGGACAAGGAAACACAUAGAAAUCCCAGAGUACAGUGCUGAAAUGUGCUAAAGCUCUUCAGACACAAAUCUAUUCGCCAAGCACCAAUUUGUAUACUUUUUACUGAACUCAUAUUAGUUCUCGGUGGCUCCGCUUGCCCGUGCACUGAGAAAUUUAACACUUGCAUAAUUUUCUCAUUGAGAGAAUUCCCCCACCCGACCCCCCACCCAGUCAGCAACAGGUUUGCUGAUGAGUAUAUAGUUGCUCUUAAAAAAACCACCAUUUGGGUUGGUUUGGCUUAAGGGUUGUCCCCUUUUGCUUUGUUUUUCUUGUUUAAAGUACUUUUUGUUUCUACAUAUGCAUUUAGAAUGGGACACUAAAAAUUGUCAGAUGGGGAAUCAUGGCAUCCCUGGAGCGGGCACUCUGUGUUUUGGUGUGGUGUUUCUAGAACAAGUAGUCAUUUCAUGCAGUGUUGCCAUGCAUGUGCCAUUGAAGUCUAGACUAAAAACUGAGUAACAAAGCACCAAGACAUUGUAUUUUUUAUAUUAGCACUGAGGACCAAUUGCCCUGUCGGACCAAGCAUAACAAAGCUUUUCUCUUUCUCUCUGUCUUUCCCUGGCUUGUCUGUACUACUUUUCUUCUCCAUUGUCGUGACAGCACAAGUGCCAGUCAAGUUGCUCUGUAUUAAGUACAUAGUGUUUUUAUUAUGAUUUUGAAUUGUUAUAGUUUUCGUCUACCUCAGCACCUAAUCUUAGCCUAAUCUUAGAAGGUGCCCAAUUAUUAUUUUUUAUUUUCAGUACUUUUUGUUGUAAAUUGUAUAAAUAAAAAAAAAUCUUUUUUUUUUUCCAUUUGCAUUCAAGCUUUGCAAAGGUCCUAUGUCUUUCCCAGCGACAACAUGCUAUUUCUGUGGCGGUAUGUUUCUCGUUAAGCGGUGCCACCAACCUAUAGCCACUGUCUGUUGAUAUAGAGGUUGUUCUUUUCUUUCUUUCUUUCUUUCCACGUAGAGUCAGACACAUUUACUUGUAACAUUUCAGUGUUCUCUGAUGGAGUGUGAAAAAAUAAAAAGGAAAAAUAAAAGAUUUAAUGCUGCAGGUUCUCUUCAUGUUGUCACUAAAGUCAAUGUUGUGCCUUUGAUAGUGAAAAUAAAAAGAUUUUUUUUUUACAUCCUACUAACAGUAGAUUGUUUUUGUAGUGGAAUUCUCCUGUAUUUUUAUUUAUGAGUCGCAUAAUAAAAAAAAAGGAAUCAUGUUGUUGAGUUGUAUACUUUCAAUCUGCAGUUAGAAAAAAAAAUAAAAAUGGACUUUGGUUUGUCUGCCAUAGCCCUCUUUCUGGC